AUGAAGAGACUGAGGGCGGCCCGGUUAAAUGCCAUUAUGGAUAAUAUAGGAGAAAUUAUUCAUCCAGAACCGGAAAAAUGUCCCCAAGGAUUGCCGAACAAACAUUACUCCGACGAUGACGAAUUUGAAAUUGCUGUUGACUUCUCGCCGGACGUGUCAGAGUAUAUACCAAGUCCAUAUCAACACAGACUUAGCAGGAGUCCAUCAAGUUUUGGCGGAGACUCUGAUUAUUUAACAGCAGCUAUUGAGAAUAUUACAAGAACGCCUUCGACUGUUUCUAAUGUCUCCUCCGUAUUCAAACAAAUCGACUUCGUCGCAUCACCUUCAAUCAUAUAUGAAGCUGCUAAGUUGACGGGCACACCUACAUCUUUAACAAACACAAAUACUACUGCGUCACCGUCUUCCAUCGAAAAUGAAGAUUUCACAGACCUCGUUGGUUUGGACACAACUCUACAGCCUGAAAACAAUUCAGAUUCUAUAUUGACAGUCACUACAACUACUUUAGAUGAUGGUGAUAAUACCAUAACAGCUAUCUGCCAAAGUCCCGAUAUAAACUCAAGGCCUGAAACUUCUGCCGCAAGUGUAGACGAAGUUUCAUCAUCAUUUUCUACUAAUAAGCAGAAAUUGUUGACAAGAAAACGGAUUCGGAGUGAACAAGAACAUCAAGAUGUAAAGAGUAAGAAAUUGAAGAACUCGGGAGAAAGCUAUAUGGGAUGCAGAUCUAAAAAAAUAUACGAAAAAAAAAAGAUUACAAGAGGAUGUAAAUGCGCAAAAAAAUGUGAAGAAAAAUUUACAUUGAGCCAGAGAGAAGACAUUAUGCAGCAGUAUUAUAGAUUAGGAGAUCAUGAGCGGCAAUGGCAAUUUAUUGUUAGUUACACGACAGUUGAGAAGGUCAAAAGAAUCAAGUUAGAUCGAAAGAAUAAUCGCACCCAAACCGUCAAAUACUAUUUUGAUUUACAGAAAGAGAAAGUUCAAGUAUGUAGGACCUUUUUUGCAAGCACUUUGUGUAUUUCAAAUCAGAUAAUUCAUACCGCAUUGGAAAAAAAUAACAAUAGCGAAGGAUUACAAGAUCUACGAGGACUACAUCAGAACAGACCGCGCAAAAUGCGCAAUGAUACAGAAGAAAGCAUAGUCGAUCACAUUAACUUAUUCCCAGCAGUGGAAGCUCAUUAUGUGCGCAAAGAAACGAACAAAAAAUAUCUUUCAGAACUACUUAACAUAUCUAAAAUGUAUCGCCUAUACAAGACCUGGUUCAUACAAGAAAGUUUUGAUUUUCCGAUGGCUACAAAACGGCAGUAUCAGACAAUUUUUAAUACCAGAUUUAAUUAUUCUUUCUAUAAGCCAAAAAAGGAUCAGUGCUCUAAAUGCGCUCUUUACCGCCAAGCUGAUAACGCUACUCGAGAAACCUUGCAAGAAAAGUACGAUCAACAUCAGCGAAAUAAAGAAAGAGUUCGACAGAUAAAGAAAGAAGAAAAAGAAUCUUGCAAUCGAUUGCAAACUACAAUAGCUAUAUUUGAUUUGCAAAAAGUGUUGAAUAUACCUCAAUCUGCUGUUGGGGUAUUCCACUACAAGAGAAAGUAUCCUAUUUACAAUUUCACAAUAUUUGACGCCACUCAACGCAAAGGUUAUUGCUACGUUUGGCAUGCGCAGAUUGCAAAAAGAGGAGCAAUAGAAAUAGGUAGUUGUUUAUGGCAAUUUCUUAAUACAGAAAAACAGAGAGGCAUUAAAAACUUGUCAUUUUAUUCUGAUGGUUGCGCAGGGCAGAAUAAAAACAGAUUCAUAUUCGCUCUGUACAUGUUUGCUGCCAUAAAGCUUCAAAUUAAUAUCACUCACAGAUUUUUUGAGACUGGUCAUGGCCAGAGUGAGGGCGAUUCGAUGCAUUCUACUAUAGAACGUGAGCUGAAAAACCAAGUUGUGUAUAGUCCAGAUCAAAUGUACGCAAUAAUUACCAAUGCCAAAGUAAAUGGCGAGAAAUAUAUUAUUAAAGAAAUGUUACAAAGUGACUUCUACGACAUUAAAGAAUUACUCGAGGACAAACACUGGGGUAAAGAUGAUAAAGGGAAGAAAAUAAAGUGGUCUAAAAUAAUGGAAAUCAAUGUAACCAGUUCAGAACCAUCCAUCUUGCGGUUUAAAUAUGAUUUUGACACUGAGUAUUCUAAGCUCAACAUUGAACGCCAACAGAGAUCCAAACGGAGUGCUAGACAUGCUUCCAAUACACCUAAUAUUAAUAACAGUCCUGAAUUAAAAAUUGUAUACACCGAGACUCUGCCAAUACGUAAAGCCCUACAUUCUGAUCUCAUAAGUCUUUGUAAAUCAAAUGACAUACCAAGCUACUAUCAUGGUUUCUAUGAAUCUCUUAAAUUUAAUGAUGAGGCAGAAGCACCAACUGAUAACUGUGCUGAUGAAGACUAUUUUUUUAAAUAUUGA